CUCUCCUUUCUUGCGCGUCCCGUCGAGCUUUCGCAAACAAACCACAACCAUCAACACCAAACCCACGCCCAAGGCAAAUCUUCAAGUAUUUCGAUUCUGCACGCUCCCCCUUGACUCAAGGACUUCAUCAAAGUACCUCUUUUACUCGCGCGCUUCAGCCAACUUCGAAGCCGCCUACCACUGCCACUUUCUCGAGUCGCGUUGCGCAACACAACACAGCCUCGUCUGCCAUCCAUCGCAUCACCAUAAAGUCUCAACCCGCCCUCUCUCCAUCACUCCGCAUACUACGGUCAACUUUACGCGAUUACCAAAGCCUAUUCUGCUGAUCUUCACCUUUCGAUCAGUUCCUUCAAAGCCUCAAACAACCCUACAAGUUUCUACUACAAGCCAUCAACAUGUCUGGAAAACUUGAUCAAUCUCUUGAUGAGAUCCUCUCAUCCACCAACCGUCGUUCAUCGGUCAGAGGAGGAGCCAAGGGAUCUGCCGUCACCCGUCGAAGCAGACGAAAUGCAAAGCCAACCGUCGCUCCCCCAGUCGGUGGCGUGAAGAAGCCUCAGCGAGGAGGAAAGACUGGUGCCAAGGCCAUCCCAACAGGACCAUCCGGUUUGAGUGGUGAAAGCAAGAUUUUGGUUAGCAACUUGGUAAGUCUUUUCGUCUUGAACUUAGCCGCAAAUAAUUAACUCGAAACUAGCCCAAGGAUGUUACAGAAGCUAUGGUUAAGGUAUGUUACCAAUGAGGCUUUACAGCCUCAGGAAUUUUGUCGAACUUUCCACCCUCGGCGACGAAUCCAUGAUCCGUAGAUGUGAUCUCAAACCUCGGUCUUCCGAGUUCAAAAAGUGCCCGUGGAAGCAUCACGGGCGCUGUCUCCUUCUCUGUUCUUGCUUUGAAUAUCCCAUGAAGCAUUGGCAGAUUGAAGUCGAGCUUGUUGCAGUCUUGCAGAUGAAUAUGAUUCUUUGGAAGGUAGCCUGGCAAGCACCAUUCAGAACAUUGCAGACAUGGACAAUUUGUGAUACCAUUGUAUCUUUUUAUAUCGAGCGGGCGUCCCAAAUGCGUUACAGCGAGCGGAACAGCGGGUCAAGCAGCAGCACAGCAUGCAUAUCUUUUCAGAGAUCAAAAGCUCCAAGCAGUCUCCCAGCGCGAACAACUGCUAUGGUUCCCCACAACACGACAUCAGCAUGGCAUAGGAGCAUCCUCAAGCGUUUCAAGAUUUCAAGAUUCAACCAACACCCCAAAACAGUAUUGUGUAUCUGGAUCUUCGGGUCCGAUCAUCCAAUAUCGGCUUCGGGAAAACGUGGAAUUUUAUACUUCGGAAACGUCUGAAUGACUUACUAACACCCGCUGCCCGCUCGCUGUCGCUGGUGGUAUUUUUUGAUCACUGGGAUCUAACUUAAUUGUCGAUUAUUUUUCCUUUCAUACCGAACGUCGAUACCGAGAUUCGCAGACUGCCAACAUGAUAUACGGAAAACCAGAUCACUAACCAAAGUUUGGAAAAUAGGAAUACUUUGUGAAGUCCGUUGGCCCAGUCAAGAAAGUUGAAGUAUCAUAUGGGCCAGGAGGUGUUAGCCGUGGAAUUGCUACGAUCUUUUUCGCUCGACCGGAUUCAGCUACCAAGGCCUUGGAAACCCUCAGUGGAGUUUUAGUCGAUGGUAGAUCUAUGAAGGUAUGUCGUCUAGAUCAAAAAAUUGUCUAUUUUCUAUGCUAAUCGAAAUCUAAAGAUUGACAUCAUUCUUGAUGCUCGACGUGCUGCUGCUAUUCCACCUACUAAGGGUCUCGGUGAGCGUAUCACGUAAGUUCAUCCUUGAUACUGUAUAUCUAAAACCUUUCUGACAAUUCUAUUCAGACAACCAAAGUCACAACCUAAAUCCGCAGCUGUCACGAAGGGUACUACUGCAGCACGUGGGAAGGCUGCUCGUGGACGUGGUGGAAAGACUACAAAGAAUGCCCGUCCGGCAAAGAAGACAGCUGAGGAGCUUGAUUCUGAAAUGGCAGAUUACUUUGGCGGAGCCAAUACCGAAGCUGCCCAGCCUGCUGCCAAUGGAACCAACGGAGAUGCUGCUAUGGAUGAUGAGAUUCUAGUAAGUUGAAAUUUAACUUGGCAGCAUGAUGCAGAAUGUCCUAACCAUGACGCAGUGAACAUGAUGGGUAAAAUCGUUGGGCUUUUGAGGGAGGAAUGAUUUCGAAAUUUGACGUGCGACGCUUCCUUUUUACAACACCACAAAAAACCUUCUACGCAUGUAUUACUGCCUGGCAUGCGAGUCACCCCGAGACUGCAUACCUUUUUUCUUUGUCUUUGAUGCGGGGAGGGAACACUUAGCGCUCGUCAUAAUAGCUAUUCGGCUGCCGGAGUUUUUCAAUCGGUAUCCGUUGAGAUUGUAUCUUCAAGGGUGGGAGGUUGAGCGUGUAACGGACCGGAAAGGAAUGAAAUAUCGAAACGAUCCUAUCCACCUCUUUUUCCGAUUAUUUUUUUCAGUGUCAGCUUUUGACCUUCCAUGCGAUGAGCAGCAACCGCUUUCUUUAUGCUUGGCUUGACUAGCUGGCUUGACUAGCGAGCUCCCAUGGGAACAUCUUUCCAAUUGGUAACAAUUGGGAUGGGGGAAUGCACAGAUUUCUAACCAUGGGGCGUGCAGUGCGGGUCGUUUGCUGUCAAUAUCAAACCAUACGACCGUGUUAACGAGUUUCCGAGUGUAUACGUGUCACAAGAGAGCAGUGCUGCCUACCAAAGUCUCACAUCCUCCAGCGACCAUUUCAUAAAUGUUCAGUUCGCUUGCUCGCUGGAAGUCGUCCCAUCCAUUGCAGUUGUAAUGCAAUCGCACAUAAGUGCUUACUUGCUUGACUUACUAACUUUCCUUAUCGCUCCUUCUACUUUGGCCAUCGUAUUCCCUACGUAUAUCGAACGCUGCUUCCCGAACCAUAAACUUCGUAUCAGUCAAUGCCCGUCCAUCGUAUUCCGAAACUGUCAACCCGAUGUUGUCCGCCAGAUCAUACUUAAUUCUCGCCGUAAUUGCAAUGACGGGUUCGCAGCUUGGUUCUCUUUGUGGAUCUUCCUGAAGUGUAUCCCUUUGAUGUGCUCGAUUGGUAGAACUUAAGUACCUAAACUUUACAUACCUGUGAGAAUAAUAUUGUUGACGGGGUUAUGCUGAUGUGAUUUAGGGUCCUAUUUUCGAUGCUUUUUGGCUUCGCCUUCAUGGAGCUUUUCUGUAGGUUGUGGUACUGAUAUUCACUUGCAGUGGAUGUGAAGAGGGCGGGUUUGUUAUCCUUUCCAAUGUCUAAAUGUGAUGGUUUUGAGCGUCAAUCAGGUAGGUGGAUGGAAGUAAGAGGCUUCAAAACUUGAUAAACACAGCUCCGCGGGUGGCUAACCCACUUAGGUAUGUAAGUGCAUAUGAGGUUUGGUUGUCUAUGACGGGAGAAGGGAACUUACUCUCUAGACUUAAUCCCUGGAAUGAUUGUUCCGAGAUACAUACAUGUAGGACUCUAGCUAUAGAUCAAG